CUCGUUUUUCUGCUCUUCGUUUACCUUCCUCCCUCCCGCUUUUUUUUUUCUUUUCCAUUUUCUUGCUUCCCAAACCGGCCAGAUCUCCAAGACUCCACCCGAUUCCAACCCCAAUUCCAGUUCCCGCCAUCGCUAACUGAACAAUUUCCCCAAACCUCUUCCAGCUUCACCGGUCUUCUUCUCCGAGGACCACAGAUGUCGAAUUCCGAGCCUCCUACUGGUUCCGAAGCGACGCCGCCACCGCCACCGCCGCCGGCACAACAGCAACAGCAGCAGAGCGUCCCCGCCACCGUCGUCCCGUCGUCCUCCUCCAGGCCUUCUUCUCUUAUUCGAGGACCACAGAUGUCGAAUUCCGAGCCUCCUGCUGGUUCCGAAGCGAUGCCGCCACCGCCCCCGCCGCCGGCACAACAGCAACAGCAGCAGAGCGUCCCCGCCGCCGUCGUCCCGUCCCCCUCCUCCAGUGCGCCGAAGCCUAAGCUGGCUUUCUCUACUGCGAAGCCUCCGUUCUCUUCUCCUGGCGACUAUCACCGAUUCAGUACCCACCCUCGCCGCACCGCUGAUCAGGAGCCCGAGGCAAUCAUCGUCAAAUCGCCUCCUUUGACCUUUGGCAAUAGAUUCCAGUCACUUAACAGUAUUAAGUGCAUAUUGCCUAAUAUGGGAAUUAGAAGAAGUAACCAAUAUGUUUUUCAUCAGCCAUUAAAGCGGAAGGGUGAUACAGCAGCAUUUGAAGCUGAGUCUAGAGAGUGGAAUGUUAGCUCGGCAUAUACUGAAGUUGCAAACAGUCCCAUCCAGACACCGGUCUCCGAGGAAGGUGGAAAAGCUUCGAAGGCAUCCAACGGUUCAAGGAGUACUAAAUCUGCACAGCAGAACGACAAUGCAAAUACUGGUUUGCCUGGCAAUAAUCUUACUUCAACUGGUCCUUUUCGUGACGAUAGCUCUCUAGGUCUCCUAACAAAGAAAUUCAUCAAUUUGAUCAAACAUGCUGAAGAUGGAAUUCUUGAUCUCAAUAAAGCUGCUGAAACUUUAGAGGUUCAAAAAAGACGCAUAUACGACAUAACAAAUGUACUGGAAGGAAUUGGUCUGAUAGAAAAGAAGUUCAAGAACAUAAUUCAAUGGAAGGGACAUGAUGUCACUCCAGGAGAGACAGAUGAGAGUGCUGCUAGUUUGCAGUUUUUGCUGCGAGUCUGUACAACUGGGAUUGUUUCAUCGUACUUGGUCAAUUGUUUCAUUAAGCAGGAAGAAAUUGAAAAUCUCAACAUUGAGGAAAGCCGUAUCGAUGAGCAGAUAAGGAAAAUGAAAGAGAGGCUGAGAGUCCUCAGCGAGGAUAGCAACAAUCUUAGGUUUCUUUUUGUCACCGAGGAUGAUAUCAAGAACUUACCCGGUUUCCAGAAUGAAACACUGAUGGUUAUCAAAGCUCCACAUGGUACUAAAUUGGAGGUCCCUGAUCCUGACGAGGCUGCUGACAAUGGUCAGAAAAGAUACAGAAUGAUGGUCAGAAGUACAAUGGGCCGUAUAGAUGUCUAUCUUGUCAGCAAAUUUGAAGUGAAGAGUGAGGAGAUCCAGGGCGUUGAACCGCCAGCCCCUAGCCUUCCAUGUACCUCCGUCAUAAACGAUAAUCCAGCAACUACCACAGUGGUUACAGAGACGAGUAGCAAAGGAAAGGAGAUUGCAGUAGAGGGACAGGAUGUUCUUAAUUCUCCUCAUGUUCCUUUCAGUGGCAUCAUGAAGAUUGCUCCUAGUGAUGCUGGUCGUGAUGCAGAUUACUGGUUUUUGUCGGACGCCGAAUAUAGCCUCACAGACAUGUGGCGAACUGAUCGUAUCCUUUGCUAUAACUAGAAGUUCUUACCUUCAGUCUACAUAAACUUAUGAAAAGUCCUUCACCCAUGAGCAGCCACCGUCGGGCUUGACUGGGACAACCUUGAUGGACUCCGUCAUGACCAUGGCAUUUCAAAUACCAGCAGCAGCAGCAGCAUACCACCAAACACUCAAACUCCUCCACCUUCCGAUCCAACCACAGAACCACCAACUUCCAAUCCAACCAAAAAACCGCCACCUUCUGCUUCAAACACCACUCCACCGUGAAACCAUGUCACUCUCUCCUAGAUAUCACAUCACUGUAAAGAGAAGGAACUACUGCAGAACGCGCAAGUGGAAGCAGCCUGAGUUCGAUGUACAGCGGAAGGAAGCAACAAUUGUCUGUGAAUUCAUUCAUGUCUAGUUAGCUAAUAAGAAGACGGCUCAUUUCCCCUUUUGUGUACAUUCCUUGAGCCGUAGGCCGCAUUUUGUACUUCCCCCCCAUUGUCUGUUCAGAUAAAAUCUCAGAAUCAUGUAAAGAUACAUAGAUACAAGAGCUACUAGGUGUAAGAUACGAUCUGUAGAACAGCUUCCGGAUCAUGAAAAAUGUAUCUCCAUAUAGAGCAUUAUGUACGUAUUUUUCCAAACAGAAGGAGCUAGCUCAGCUGUCUCCAUUUUUGGGUUCCUAACGAGAAAAAAACAGUUACAUGAGAUUUUGUUGUGUUCUACUUUUCUACUGCUCUUUUUGGCCAGGCUUCUUCCCAAUCCAGCCAGCGACGAUCGGAGUAAGCGCCACGGUGGGAGGGAACCUGAUCGGAGAUGCAGCUUUGUGUGCAGCAUAAGCCAAGGCAAAGGUCCCAACUUUCUCCCCGGUGGCAUCUGUAGAAAUCCCAACCUGCAGCAGCAGAGCUUGAACGUCGACGCCGGAAUUGACGAGAGCGUAGCAGAGGGCGAAGGAGAUGAUGGAGAGGGUUAUCGAUGUGGCCAAGUAAGCUCCGCCGUAUUUGGUAAGCAGUUCUUUAGCUUGGUCUCCCUUGGAUUUCUCUUGCUCGCCGCCAUCUCCAGUUUUCUCAUCAUCCUUGGAGGUGAAUAUCUUCCAUAGGCCGGCUUCGAGGCCGUACUUCUGCGUGAUUUCGUCCGGGGAGGAAGCUGGAGGUGGGGAUUUCAGCUGUUCAGUUUUCUCUCGGGUAGCUCGUGUUCUGAAUCGGGAAGGGAUGGAUUUGGGAGGUUUUAGAGAAGCUGUGGUGUUGCAGUUUGUCCUGCCGAAGAGAGUCGAAGAAGCAGAGCCUUGCAGAGUUGCAGACAUCGUCACAACUGGAUAGAGGUUAAGCUUUCUUUAACUUCGGAUAGAUUGUUGAUAUGUGUUGCAGGUGAAAUGGCGGAUUUUUCCUUCUCCCUCGAAGCUUGAGGAAGCAAUGGUGGAGACUGGAGAGAGUGAAAGUGCAGUGAAUGGUGUGGCGUCGCGUGGCGUGAUUGUG